AUGCGAGCUCAGCGGGUUUCUGGCAGGGCAUUGCGAAGACAUUUGGGGCUCCGAUGUAGCUCAUCAUUGCCAGUUCCGUUGCCACCACCGCCGCCGACGACGGUGCGGUCGAAAGGGUACGGCCCCACGAAGGACCUCCUAAAAGGGGUAGACACCUCAAAACGACUUGUUGUUGAAACGGAAUUGCAUCCGGCGGAUGCGGAGAUGCAGCGACUCGUCCUUUCCCUCUCUGGUGCCGACGUGAGCGUCUACACCCCGCUCGGCGGUGAAGUAAACGCUCUACACAGCAGGGAGGAGGCUCAACAGGAGGGCAUCGUUGCCAUCUCGCCCGAGCAGCUGGCCUCGGUGGCCACCGUGGUUGUGGACCAGGUGAAGGAGCAGCUGGAGCUGAACGGCUAUGCCGCCGAGGCGUCGCAAGACGGCCGCUCGGGUGGCGUUGUGAACGCGGUUGCCGAUUGCCUGCGACAGGAGAUGGAGCGUCUUUUCAUCGCAAUGCAGACACAGGAAGUCUCGCUCUCCCGUAUGCUGGGGGAAAAUUCCGACGUCAUUUGUGCAAGAAUUGCGGGUGUGAUUCAGGCGGAGCGAUCACUGACCGCAGGAAAGGCGAAAGGGGAGGCGCAGCAGCUCUCCCACCUCACACAGGAGGUUACCUCCGCGGUGGCAAAGUUAGAGAAUUCAUUGAAGGCGACGCUGCAGGAGACUCUUGCCGCGAACAAUAAGAAACUGGACCCUGUUUUUGAAGAUGUGCGCCUGCAUGUCGUUGAGGCCAUUGAACAGGCGUCACGUUUGCAGCAGGAGCAGCUUGCUGUAUCCCUUCAAGAUGCACUGGAGAGAAAUGUUCCACCUUCAUCUGCACCAGAGGACCCUGCCAGACUUGAUGCGAUUCAGGAGAUUGUGAGGAAUACCAUGGCAGGAGUCGUUGAAGAAACACAACACGAGGUACGAGCGUUGUUGGAAGCGCUAAGAGAAAACGCCAAAACGUCGCCACCUGCCCGUGAUGAUAUUUCUAGCGCGAAGGAGUCGGAGCUGGAGGGGUUCUUGACAUCAUAUGGAGAGCGGCUUGAGGAACUGCGUGAGUCAACGGCUGGAUUUACGGAUCUGAAGGAGCUGCUGAUGGAGGUUCACAGUCUCCAGCAGACACACGAGACGGCCAUUCAGCAGGUGCAGGACAGCAUGAAGCGACUGAAGAAGGAGUUGUUGGGCGCUCUUCGUGUUGCGACUCCGUCUGCCCCCCUUGAAGCCAAGGCGGAGAGCCAAGACGACUUGCUUGCGGCGUACUCCGACAAACUGGAUGACCUCGCUGACCGGGUGACUGCAACGGUUGAGCAACAGCUGAAGGAGCAAUCGGUGGACGUGAAGGAGUUACUCAUGCAGUUACGUGCGCUGGAGAAAGGGUUCGGGGCAAAGCAAAAGCCUGUCUUGGAUCCCAUCCCUGUCAUGCACGACCUUGACGAUGAUCGCAUGAUUGCCCUGGCGCAAAGUAUUAGCGACAGCGUUCUUGCCUCCUUGCCUACGCCUGAGGCCCUGCCACCGCAGGCCCCAGCUUUCACAAAGGAAGAACUUGUUGAGGCUGUGACGGCCGUCCUAAGCCCGAAGUUGGAGGAGUUGGCUGCUGCGGUGGCAAAGAUGGAAGCGACGCAGCCCGCGAGGGUCAUUGUGGCCCCUGCCGAGGAAGGCCCAAAGGGGGUGGGUGAAGAGCAGCUCAUCACGCUGGCUCAGACCAUUGCUGAGAGUGUGAGAGAUGCCGUGCGGGAAGUGGUUCCCACCAAGGAGUUGUCUGAAUCAAUAACGUCCAAGGAAACGCACUUGGCCCUCAUGACACGCCUGGAGGCUUUAAAAGGAGAAAUCGUGUCCGCCGUAGAGGAGGAGAUGGGACGCACGCACGAGAUUGAUCUAACGCCUUUCCAGAACUAUCUCGAUCAAAUCCUUGGCGGCGUGCAGGAAGCAUCAAACAAACAACACGAAAUAACACAAGCUAAAGUAGGGGACGUGAUGGAGGCCCUAGUUGGACGCUUGCAAAAGCAGCAACAAGUGCUGCUUGAAGCGCUGCAGGCUCAGCAGCUGCCAGGCGACGAGGCAGUGAAGCCGCCGGUAUUCACAGCUGAUGGGCUGGCAACGCUCAACGAACGCCUCCUGGGCGAGAUCAAAGACAUCGUUACCGGCGACGCCGCUUCCUUUCUUUCAACACUUGAAGCGGUGCGGCAGGAGGUUCGUGACACGGCAGACCGCUUGCCGGAGGGUUUGGGGGAGAAAAUGUCCUUGAUGGAAAACGCCAUACAUGAGGUUCGUACUGCGGGAGAAUCUCAUUCCGCCAGCCUACAAGAUGCCUUGAAGGGCAUCACGACAAGCGUUGAAAGCGUUAAAGAGGAAAACGACGCGGCUGGGCAGGUUCUUGCCUCCAUUAACACAGUGGUGACUGAUCUGGCACAAACAAGCAUUGCAUCUGCCAAGGAAAUCAAGGCGCAGUUAAGCGCUGUGGAGGAUAAGGCCGAAACUUUGCAUACCCGGCUUACAUCAGAUUUUUCUCAGCACAUUGGGCGGCUUCUAACAGAGGUGCAGGAAGGAAAACGACUGAUGGACGAGCGCCUCUCCUCCAAUGCGGAGUACAAAGGCUUGACGGCCUUGGUGGAGACAAUGCGGAUGAAGCUGGAGGAGGUGGGCCAAUCGCUAGAGAAGAUGAAAACUCCACUGUUCACGUCGCCGCCAUUGGAGCAAGAGCAGCCCAAGGAGCAGCAACCACCACAGCAAAUUGUGCGUGGAGAAGUCAUUGAGUCGCGGCUUGACGACCUUUCUGUGGUAACUCAGGAGAUUCUUUCGGAACUUCAGAAGUAUCAUUCCGCCCAGGAAACGCCGGCCCCCGCGGAUACGGCCCUCAAGAAGGAAAACUUAGAGGCAAUGGAGGUUCGUCUGAAUGAGCAACUGCAGCUGCUUCACAGCAAACUUGAGGAGAUGAUGCAACAGGAUGCUGCUGCUAUGCUGCCUCCCUCGGAAGAGGAGCCGCCGCAGCAGGCUUCCGUGUCAGAAAAUGUCGGUCAACACAUAAAGGACUUAGACGCCCUUAUCAAGCAUCUGCAGACGUCCCGAAGUGCACAGGUGAAGCAAAUGAGGGAGAAGUUGGUCACUCUCCGUUCAUUUCUUGCCACCGGAGGUCUGGGUGAAGGAGGAGAGGGCAACAUAAAGGCAUUUCUCGAGGCGCUGGAGGAGAAUAGGCUGAAGCUGAGAGAAGAUGCUGCUGGUGCAGAAGCGGCAUUGGUGACUGAGGUGAAUGAUGCGGUCCAGCAAACUCUGGAGCGCCUUUUAUCGUCUGCUGAGCAGACCCUUGCCGACUCCACGAAGAAGCAGCUGCAGCAGCUUCAAAUUGACCUCGAUAACAAGAGUGAAAAGCUCGGGACGCAACAACAACAUGCGGCUUCCCAGUUACAGGAUAGAUUAAAUAACUUGGAGCGUUUGCAGGAGAGUCACACUGUGGCACUGGCCAAGGAAAUUCGGAAUGAACAUGAGGAGUGGCGUGGCAUGCUUAAUCGGGUCAUACAACAGGAGAUGCCGACCACACUGCAAGGCGUCAUUGCGGAGGUUUGUACGGAGCAGUUGCGUUCCGUACGAAAUCACUUAGAAGAACAGGGGACCCGAGAGGAAAAGAGUGCCGCGACAUUGCUCUCGAGCGUAAGAGAGGUGUCACACAACAUUUCCCAAUUGGGUAGCCUCGGUGCCGAAAUGCGAGCGGCUGUGGGUCAGGGAUCGGCAACGAUUAUAGAGGAGCUGCGGCGCACACAGGAGCGGCUUGCGGACCGCUUUGAGCAGCAGGUGUCAACGGUGGUGCAGCAAAGGUCCGACGAGGCGGUAUUACCUAUAGUUGCAAAGACGCCUAUUGCGACUCCCGUUGUACCCUCCCCGACGACGCUCUCUUUGUGGUGGCUGUGUGUGUUGUCAUUUGUUGUGUUUGCCACUAUCAUGGCAUGCGGCUAUUUUAUCUUUGCCGCAUUUCUGGUCGCCUUUGUCCCCGUGCCGCCGCCGGAACAACUGCUCGCAAACGCCGCCGCACAACUCCCGAGGCCGGAGAAUGCGGUGGAUACUCCAAAAAAAUUGUCCUCCUCUCGCGUGGUGGAUCAAGUGAUGGAGUAG